AUGUCUACAUACAUCAAUCGGGAACAUACGGACAUGAUACUUUCGUUAGGUACAUGUGGUGGAAACGCAUCAGCCGCAGCUAAUCAUUACAGACACCAGUAUCGAAAUCGUCAACAUCCUGACAGACGAGUUAUUCAAAGAGCAGAACAAACCCUCGACGAAUAUGGUUCUUUUGAACACUUAGACGACAUGGUGGUCGUCGACGACGUAGUACAAGGACUCAUGCCUCAUGAUAAGAUUUCGCAAAAGGCAUUUUGUCAUUGGUUGCUUCAACAGCAUACCAACGAUGCAGAAUUUCUGUUAAAAAUUUUAUGGACCGAUAAAAAUCUUCAUUCUAUUCUUGAAACACAUUUUCAAGUAAGAUGGAACGUAAACGUCUGGGCUGGCAUAAUCGGACAUCUAAUUAUUGGGCCAUAUUUUUUCGAAGGAAAUGUAACGUCAGUAGCAUAUUUCGAUUUCCUACAACACAAACUACCGGAAUUAUUAGAAGAUGUACCGCUGAAUACUAGAGGAAGUUUUAUUUUUCAACAAGACGGUGCAUCGUCAUAUUUUAGUCGUCAUAUGAGAGAUUUUUUAAACCAACAUUACCAAGGCUGGAUUGGUGGUGCUGGAACAAUAGCUUGGCCACAACGCUCUCCUGACUUAACUCCGCUUGACUUUUAUUUAUGGAGUCAUAUUAAAUCAAUUGUCUAUUCUGAAGAAAUCACAAGUUGCGAGCAAUUGAGAGAAAAGAUUAUUGUAGCCUUUCAUACUUUAAAACAAUCGAAUACGUUAGAAAGUGUUCAUAGAAAUUUAAUUAGAAGAGCAAAAAGUAUGUGUUCGGCAGAAUGGGCAACAUUUUCAGCAAUUUUUGUAAUAAUAAACUUUGUGAUUACUUCGUAAUUUACGUGUCCCAUAAAGACAACGAUCUACAGUGAGAUUAUAACGAGACAUGAUAAAGUGCACGCGUAUUUUGCGAAAAUUCAAAGUCGAUUUUCUUGAAAACAAAGCUUUAAACGAAAAAUUUUUAUUCUAUAUUUUCGAUUU